CGUGUCUUGCUUUACUUCACUUGUAUGCGCCGGAUGCUCUUCCACAACGUGUUGAAGUAAUCUCACGUGUGGGUUUUUUUUUUAUCUCACACCGUACAAUCAGAAGUUGGGUCAAAAAGACACGGAUUCAUCGAGUCAUGGGUCGGAAGUUGGAUCCCACUAACAAGGUGAAGCGAGGACCGGGGAGAAAAUCCAGGAAGCAGAAAGGAGCAGAGACUGAGUUGGCCAAGUUUAUAACUGAUGAUGAUGAAACUGCACCAAAACGCCUCUCGAGUAGAGGCAGGAAAAGAGCUGCGAAAAGAGUCCAGAACUUGAAAAAGCCUAAAGAUGCUGCUGAGGAACAGCCCAAGAAAGGAUUCACUGAUGAGAACAGUAAAUGGUUGAAACCAGCUAAGAAGAAGCGCAAAAUUGAUGAACCCGAAAGUGAGGAUAACAGUGAUGAACACUGGGAGGAAGAUGAUGAUGAGGAGGAGGAGGAGGAGCAGCAGCAGAUGAAGAAGGGAGGAAAAGACCAAGGAAAGAAGGGUGCCAAAUUAGAAAUGAAAGAAGUGGAGGAUGAUGAUGAUGACGAUGAUGAUGAUGAUGAAAUGGUUGACGACUACGGUACACUUGAUGACGGCAGUGGUGAGGAAGCAGUGGAAGAAGAGAGUGAUGGAGAGGAACUUCUUCCCAUUGAGCGUGCAGCCAAGAAAGCAAAAAAGCUGAAGGAAACCAUGCUAGAGAGUGAUGACGAUGAUGAGAAGGAAGAUGAUGACGAAGAGGAAAAGAAAUCAGAGGCUGACAUGGAUGAGGAAGACACCGUACAGGCCAACAUGGAUGAAAUGGAUAAAUUUAGGCUACCUGGUGCAGAGGAAAGCGAGAGGGAAGGCAUCAUGACUCUGGACCUGAAGACAAUCCAUCAAAGAAUAAAGGACAACAUUGAUGUCCUUUGUAAUUUCUCAACAAAGAGGGAGGAGGGGAAAGAGAGAGCAGAGUACAUCUCUCUUUUGAAGAAGGAUCUCUGUACUUAUUACAGCUACAACCACUUCCUUAUUGAGAAAUUAAUGGACCUCUUCCCUCUUUCAGAGCUGGUUGAUUUCCUCGAGGCCAAUGAAAUUCAGAGACCUGUCACUAUCCGGACCAACACACUGAAAACAAGGAGGAGGGAUCUUGCACAGGCCUUGAUCAACAGAGGAGUGAACCUUGAUCCACUGGGGAAAUGGUCUAAAGUGGGUUUGGUCAUCUAUGACUCCUCAGUACCUGUAGGUGCAACCCCGGAGUAUCUGUCUGGUCAGUACAUGCUGCAAGGAGCCUCCAGUUUUCUGCCCGUCAUGGCGCUCUCUCCACAGGAGGGAGAGCUAGUGUUAGACAUGAGCUCAGCCCCAGGAGGCAAGACCACCUAUAUUGCUCAGCUGAUGAGAAACACGGGGACGAUUGUGGCCAAUGACGCCAACGCUGACAGAUUGAAGAGUGUGGUGGGCAACGUCCACCGUCUGGGCGUCACCAACACUGUUAUCUGCAACUACGAUGGAAGGCAGUUCCCAAAGGUGAUGGGUGGGUUUGAUAGAGUGCUGCUCGAUGCUCCGUGCUCAGGCACGGGAGUCAUCGCUAAAGAUCCAGCUGUGAAGACCAGUAAGGAUGAGGCCGAUAUCCAGCGCUCUGCUCACUUGCAGAAAGAACUGAUUCUAUCUGCAAUUGACUCUGUCAAUGCAGAGUCCCCCACAGGAGGAUAUCUGAUCUACUGCACAUGUUCAAUAAUGGUGGAGGAGAAUGAAUGGGUUGUGGACUACGCUUUAAAGAAAAGGAACGUCAAAUUAGUUCCCACUGGACUUGACUUUGGCAAGGAAGGCUUCACCAGGUUCAAAGAACGUAGAUUCCACCCUACUCUGCGACUGUCUCGCAGAUUUUACCCUCAUUCUCACAAUAUGGAUGGAUUUUUUGUGGCCAAGCUGAAGAAAUUCUCCAAUGUAAUUCCAACUGCACCAGCAGCAAAAGAAGAAGAAAGCGCAGAUGCUCCUGAGGCGACAGCUGUAACAGACUCACCUGAAGAGAAACCAUCCAAAAGUGGCAAGACAAAGAAGAUUGUCCCCGGCAAGGCAGGCGGCUUAAAGAGGAAAGCCCAAGCCAACGGAACAAAUGCCAAGAAAAUGGCAAACGCCAAGCCAAAAGGCAAAAAGGACUUAUCUGCUGGACCAAAAAAGGCAAAGGUCGCCAAGAUGGAUGGAGAGACUAUGAAAGGGACCGAAGCCAAGAAGCCUGCGGUUAAGACAGCUGAUGAAACUAAAGUGUCAAAGGCUGACAAAAAGGAAGGAAGCAGAUUUGAGAAAAAGCAAGGCAAAAAGAGAAAAACACCAAUGAAGGCAAAGGACAGAAUGGGAAAGAAUAAAUUCAGAAAGUUGAAGCAUCUGUUGGGAAAACAAGGCGGAGAGUGAUGGUGUGUACAGCUUGAUCAAUUGUACUAAUUGUGUAAGAGCUUUGUUGAGCUUCAUUAUGGAUCCAGAUCCCUUCAGCUAACCAGUGUGUACGCUGUUGUCAUUCAGAGCAGCAAUUCUGUAUGUCAGUCAGAUAUUAUUUGUAAUGCCUGUGUACAAAUUAAUUACACUGGUUAUGUUCUCUCUCCCUUUUUUUAUUUGUUCCAGAUUACUCAUGUUUGUCUGUUGAGCUAAUUGCAGGGUGGGACAACUUCCAUAAAUCUGUGGAAUAUAAUAAAUCUUUUAAGAUAUCUUUCUCA